AUGGGUGGAACGGCCAACAACGGUAACGGUGGUAACGAUGGUGGUGGUGGUGGCGGUGGUACAACAUCGCCCGGCUCGGGGACUCCCGGUGGCGGUGGAUCCAACUUUACGCGCAUCCGGUCGACGACCCGUUCCACGAUGGCCAAAGCGACGGCGGUGCGUGUUUCGACGGGCAAAAAGUUUAGCCAACUGCUGAUCAUCACUCCGGCGGUGGCCAUCGACAGUAACGGGCACGACGAUUACACUGGGCCGUUCAAUUCUUCGUCGCUCGACAGUGGCUGUGGUGGUAGCAGCGAAGGCAGUCUGUCCGAUGAGCCCGCCAACGGUGCCGGUGGUGGUGAUCGGCGUAACAAUAACGCAACCCGCUUGCUUCCACUGCUCGGUGGCCGCGCGAUGGGCACAGGGGAUCAGGGGUCAUCGUCGCAAUCCGCGGGCGGCGCAGGCGGGACCGCCGGCGGAUGGCGCUGGUGUGGACUGAUUUGUUCCGCGGUGAAGUGUUUUCGCGCGGCAGCCGGUACAUCCGGUGGCGGCGGCAACCGACAGCGGUCGACGACCGGCAGCGGUGAUGAUCGACAGCGGCAGUACAGUGCCACGGCAAGCACCACGGCCGCGAUGCGGAACCCACGGAAGGGCACUCGGUUCAGUAGCGAUCGUGUUUACGAGUACACGAUCAAAAGUUAUCAUCCUCCGCAGCGUCCCCGCCGUUCAGCGGGAGACGCGGUCGGGAGCCGCUCCGGUUCGAUAUCUUCCUCCACGUCGGUAGCAGGAGGAGGAGCGGGAGCGGGGGCCACACACGAGGCCGACCAUGACCAUAUCAACAACAAUAGUGCGGCGACUACCGGCAAUGGGAACCUUUUGCUCAGCAGCUCCACCGCGCUACUGCCAGGGUCGUCGGGUGCGAUCGUCGUCACAACGGCCACCGGUGAUGGUGCCGCCGCCGUCAAUGGAUCGACCGGUGGGGGGGUACACGAGAGAACGAACAUCAUGUAUAAAUUGUGA